CCCCUCGACUCUCUGGUCCACGUUUGAAGGGAGGAGCGGCCCCCGUCCCCCUCAGAGAAGGCCAGGAGUUCCAACAGUGUGGACACGUCCAGGGGGAGCGUGACACGAGUCGUCUCUCCUGCAGAGAGGCGGGGAGGCAGCAACAUCGCUAGUCCUGGAGGGGGGAUCAGAGGAGGAACUGUGGCUCAUGGUGGCCCAGGAUCAGCGGAACGGGACAGGCAGGUGAGGGAGCAGAGGACGGGGGGAGGAGAGGCAAGGACUCUGCCAGGACCCCCCCCUCCGCCACGUGUGUCCUCCCCAGCCCUUGGGGACAAGCCACUCCCCCCAUGGCCUCCAAGCAGGCCGCUGGGCGGAGCCCAGGGGAGAAGCGCAAGAGGGUGGUGCUGACCCUGAAGGAGAAGAUUGACAUCUGCACGCGCCUGGAGAAGGGGGAGAGCAGGAAGGUGCUGAUGCAGGAGUACAACGUGGGCAUGUCCACCCUGUACGACAUCAAGGCCCACAAGGCGCAGCUGCUGCGCUUCUUUGCCAACUCGGACUCCAACAAGGCCCUGGAGCAGCGGCGCACUCUGCACACGCCCAAGCUCGAGCACCUGGACCGCGUCCUGUACCAGUGGUUCCUGGGGAAGCGGGCUGAGGGCGUGCCCGUCUCGGGCCCCAUGCUCAUCGAGAAGGCCAAGGACUUCUACGAGCAGAUGCAGUUAACGGAGCCCUGCGUGUUUUCUGGCGGGUGGCUCUGGCGUUUUAAGGCCAGGCACGGCAUUAAGAAGCUGGACGCGUCCAGCGAGAAACAAGUGGCCGACCACCGAGCAGCCGAGCAGUUCUGUGGCUUUUUCCGGAGCCUAACGGCUGAGCACGGCCUGUCCCCUGAGCAGGUUUACAACGCCGACGAGACCGGCCUUUUCUGGCGGUGCCUGCCCAGUCCCAGCCUGGAAGGUGGGACGGUGCCCGGCAUCAAGCAGAGCAAGGACAGGCUGACCGUCCUCAUGUGCGCCAAUGCCACUGGCUCCCACAAGAUCAAGCCCUUGGUGAUUGGGAAAGGCGGUGGCGCCCGGGCUUUUGGGGGCAUUCAGCACCUGCCCGUCGCCUACAAGGCCCAAGGUAACGCGUGGGUGGACAAGGAGAUUUUUUCGGACUGGUUCCAUCAUAUCUUCGUUCCAUCGGUGAAGGAGCACUUCCGGGCAGCAGGUCUGCCCGAGGACGGCAAAGCCAUCCUGCUGCUGGACAACGCCCGCGCCCGCCCGCGGGAGUCCGAGCUGGCCUCCGGUAACAUCUUCACCGUCUUCCUGCCCGCCAGCGUCACCUCGUUGAUUCAGCCCAUGGACCAGGGCAUUCGGAGAGAUUUCAUGAGGCACUUCAUCAACCCCCCCGUCCCGCUGCAGGCCUGCCACCCCCGCUACAGUGUGAACGACGCCGUCUUCAACGUGGCCUGCGCCUGGAGCGCCGUGCCCGGCGACGUCUUCAGCCGGGCCUGGAGGAAGCUGUGGCCCGCGGUCACGUUCGCUGAGGGCUCGUCUUCGGAGGAGGAGCCGGAGCGCCUCCGAGCGAGGCCUCACGAUCAGACUUUCGCGCACAUCCUGCAGCUGCGGGGAGAGGCCCCGGCCCGCCCUGGCAGCCGGCUUCCCCGGGGCGCGGCCGCAGAGGGCCCGGCCCCAGCUGCCGGGAGCCCGGAGCAGGCUGAGAAGGACGGCGACGAGGCGGCCUGGGAGCAGGCGGCCCUGUCCUUUGACGCCGUGGUGCGCUUCGCCGAGGGACAGCCCUGCUUCACGGCACAGGAGGUGGGGCAGCUGCGUGCGCUGCGCUCCGUGUUCGCCAGGCAGAGGCAGGUGAAGCGGCGGCGCGUGGCCCUCAGGGCCGUGGUCAAACUCGAGGCCCCCCAGGAGGCCCUCCCUCUGCCCUGCUCCUCCACGGCGGGCGAGCACUGAUGUCGGCACGGCCCUUGCCUGCGUGCCGGAGCUUGUCUGGGAGGUCGGGGCGCCCGGUGUGGGCUCCCGGCCGCUCGUGACGGCCCAUCCCCGCGCGUCUGGUGCAUCGCGGGCUUACCGUGUUUUCCGUCCUGGCACGUCAAUGUGAGCAGCCGCUCCGGAAGGGUCCCGCACACCCGAAGCCGAGCGGAGCAUCCCGUGGCCGGAAGCCAGGACCGUGCCGGGCAGAUUCUGGCCCCAUGUUGGCCGGCUGAGCCCCGCUGUGUGCGUGGGUGGAGGUGUCUGUCCGUCCGGGAGGAGCAAAGCCGGCCCUCGGGCCAACUGAUGGCGGUGCCUGCGGCCACUUGCCAGGGCCAGUGUUGCCCUGGGCCCGCCUGCCGUCCCCUCGGGGCGCGGUCGGUGGUGUGGCGCCGUCCCCGUGUCAGGCGGGCGCCCCUGCCUGCGGUUCGUAGGUGGCGGGUCCUCACUUCAGCCGUGAGCUCAGCUGCGCAGCCCCCUGCAAGCUCCUCCGUGCCGCUAGGCGGUCUCGCCCCUUGGGCUGGGGCCCCAGGGCGUGGGGGCCGCACAUUGUGUUGGCACGGCGGAGUCGCUUCCCCUAACGCAAGCAGGACUGUCUGCCCGGUUCUCCCGUUGCCCCGAGGGUCCCUGGCGCGCUGCAGGCGAGUCCAGCGUCCUGGUGCCGAAUCUACUGCGUUGUCCGAGCCCCCGUUCCGCAGGAGUUCGUGCUGACCGCGUGCAUGUCACUGAGUUUGCUGAGCGCUCAGCAGUGUGUCUCAGGCGUGCGCUCGUGCCCCGCGUGAGUCCAGCUGUUUGGAUUUCCGGCUGCAUUUGAACUUCAGCGUUGGCCGUUCAUGCCUCGGUACGCCGUGCAGGGAAGAGCCGGCUGCAUGGCUUGGUUGUGGGAGGAUUGUGGCCCCCCGCUGCCCGCGGCCUGGACUGCGCCCCGGGACUGCGCACCCUCCUUGUGCGCACAUGGGGGGCUGUGACUUCUGUCUUUCACCGCUGUGCCCUGGGAUUCCGGCCUGGCCGUCUGGCCGCCUCGUGGUUCUCGGCCCCCCGCCCUCUGGGGCGCCCACCGGCCUCCACGCAGCGUUUGGUUCACCGUCCGUUCCUCUGCUGUGUGCAUCUUCCCAAGCAUGAGGCGACGGUUGUCGCCGCCACCGUGUCCCCUUGUGGACGUGCGUGUUUCCUGCUUUAAAUGCAGGGCUGAAGGUUGUGAACUGAGCAAGGCCGUUUUCAGAGCAUCCUCGUGGAGUCUUCAGGCCAGAUUGCCUCGGGACCGUGCUGCCGUCGCGCCCUUUCCUUCCUGUGCCCGGGGUGACAUCUGAGCACCCGUGUGCUUGGCUGCCGGUUCGGACUCGUGUGGCCCCGUGCUGUUGAAUUGCGGCUGCUUGCGGUGUCGCGGGACGUGAGGUGUUGGGUCCCUGGAGCGCCUGCCCUCGCCUCGGUGUAGGUGGUGGUGGCCCGGAGAGGCGGCCGGACGCCGAGGAGCUCUCCCGUGCUUCUCGAACAGCGGGACUUCGCUGGCUGGGUGCAGCCGGGGGAGGGGCAGGACACGUGGGGCUCCUGGGUCCCCUGUGGAGGCUUUGUCCCAUCAGAUUGUAGACCCCAGGCCGUGGAUUCGCGACCUGCCCCGGUCCUGGCCGUUCUGUGGCCAGUCAGUAAAUGCUUGUCACCGGACAGCCUGAGGGGUGUCUGUCCUCAGGGUGCUCCUUCCAGAAGCGGCCACAGAGCACGGCACCAGCUCGAGCCCUCUUGCUGCUCAGGAGGUCCUGGGGCAGAGCAAGCUCUGGCCUCCCCUGCCUCCCUCUCUGAUGGGCAGCACGCUUCUCCGCACGUGGCCUCUGCUGCUGGCUCAGGCGGAGCCAGGCUGCAGCCGGCCGCGGGGCCACAUGUGGGUGCUGGCAGAGGCCCAGGGCCCAGCGAGGCCGUCUGGUGAGCUGUGUGGCCCGGCGGCUGGUGAGCGCCUCCGCCCCGUCCUGCCGCCCUCCCUGUCCUCCAGGAGCCCCUCCCAACUGCUACGCUUGGCACUUCCUGCCCGGCCCCUCAGGCUCAGGGGUCAGCGUGCUUCCACCUCGGAAUCCUUCCCAAGCAGUUCUGGGUGGAGCCCGACUAGGCUGGAUGUGAAAUCGGAGCAGGUGGGACCAGUGCCCCCUUCUUUCCUCUCUGGCCACUGCGGAGGCACCUGCAGGAGGCCCGGGCUCCGCGUCCCCCACGAGCACGUGGCCCAGAGCCC